AUGAAUAGCAAGGUGCCCAAGGCUUUAGCUGACAAGUGGACCACCCACCCAUGGGACCCAGGUGGAAGACCAGAUGAUGUGUAUAAGUUCCAAGAGUAUGAACUGGGGAGGCUAGAAAAGAAAAUAGAGAAGAAGACAGAGGUGUUUGUUGGAAUGUCACAUCAAGAGAGUCAGCACCCAAUGUUUGAUUUGUCGUCUCAUUCAGAAGUGGUUUGGGAUGAGGAACCGCAGCAGUUAGAUGGAGAGAUGGAUGACCUGCUGGAGUGCAAGCACACCAUGUUUAAGGCAGCAAUUAUGUCCACCAGUGAUGCCCAGAAGGUGCUCGAUGAAAUGCCUAGUGUGGUUUUGUGGGAUGAGGAUAGGUCACCCGAGCUCCACAUGAACAGUGAUUUGUUGCAGCAGCUUGCUCAAGGUGGAGAAGACUUGAUUGGCGAACAAAACAAGCCAACCACAGAACUAUUCUUCAUCGAUGAGUUCUGUCAUGUCCACAACACUUCCUUUAUCUCAGGGCAUGCUGAUGAUUCUAUUAAUGAGGUUUUCACUGAAAGGCCUCUUGAGAGGGUGAUAUGGGAUGAUGGCAAAGCAUCGUAUGAGCAGAUAGCAGCAGAGGUUCAGUCGGUGUCAAAGGAUACUGCACACAAGUUUUCUAUGUUGGCAACUGGUGAGAAAAGAAUUCUAGUUGCUGAGCCAACUAAGGAUGAUAUGUUCUUAAAUCAACAACACCCACAGUCUCUUCAACUGGGCAGAGAUGCUGUGUAUGAGGCAUUUAUUGAAAUCUCUUUUGAGGAGAAGGUGGCAGCAAAACCAAUGAAAGAGGACACAGUGGUACAAGUGCUUCUUGAUGAAAUGCAUUGUGAGAAUGUGGUGUGGGAUGAGACGUCAACUAACCUUGCUGUAGUCUCAGAUGUAUAUUCGUGUGCGCAUGCUAUUGAGCUAGACACCCAUGAUGUUCUUACAAAUGUCAGCAGCUUACCACUAUUUCUGGAGUUGGAUGCAUUCUCUGCAGGAAACAUGUUUGAGGGCAUGCUUAAUAAGGACAUAGACAAGGACAUAUCAGUUGGGCUUUUCCAGCUGUACCAACCAUCAACAAAAGGUGCACAGCUAGAGGGCAGUAGUAUACCUCUCUCGCCAAUCAACAAAUGGUCUGAUUCUGGUGGUGAUCUUGAUUCAGUGGAGCUGCACAUGACGAGAGCAGAAAUAUGCCAGGUAGAGGCCAGUUUAACUGAUGAGGGUAAUCUGAAAUAUGACUUAGGUGCAGCAGGGAGCACACAUCAGUUACCGGCCUGGAGUCAUGGAAUUUCCAGUCCAGGGGAAAGUGAGACACAGCUUGAGUUGUAUAGGAUGUCUGAUACACAAUGGGAUCCAGGAUUGUGUGCCCAGGAUUAUAAAUACAGAGUUGAUGUAGAUUUCAAUGAGCAUCGCACGGCUCUCAGGCCAUUGGAGAAAGCUCUUAUGCUGCAAAUUCAACAACAUCUCUCUGCCAAUGGAACUGAAAGAACCAUUGUCCUGACAGAAAUAAGGCUUUAUUGGGCUCCUUAUGUUAUCAGUCGGUGCACAGUGCUAGAAUAUCGAGCAUUUAAGUGCCAAAAAUUGUGCAAACUAUACAAUUUCAAACGAGAUGAAACUAGUCAUGGAGAAGAUAUUCUACAUGCUUCAGUACUCAAUGAAUUCUUGACUUGGAUGGUGUGGAGAUGCAUAUCAGUAUUACAUCUUGAUGGUCCAUGGGAUCCUGGUAUUUUUCAUGCCGUUGCUUGGGGACAAGCAACAUUUUGUGGGGGUGGAAAUGAUAUAUGUCAACGCAUGUUACAGUCAGGUUGUAAAAUGGAGACGCAUGCUACAGUCCUGGGUGCCAAUGAUGUAUUGCAGCAUAUCAGUGCUUGUUCUCUAUUCCUACAGCUUGGUCGCAGAAAACUAUAUAGGGUGCUGUCCAGUGGUGGUGACUCUUCCCAAUUCCUAAAACCUGGCAUAUAUGUAACAGACCAAAUGUUUCGGGAAAUACUUGGUCAAUUCUUCUGUUCUAAGGCCCAGAGAUUUGCUGCUGAAGAGCUAUACAGCAUUCUUGACCAAGUGGAUGAACUAUUGUUGUUUCCUGACCAAAAGAUCGGUAGACCAUGGUGUGACACUGAUCGGAUAUGUGAACUGAUUCUAUCUCGGAGAGGCAAUGGUUUCAGCCCAAGCAAAUGUUUGUUGCAACUAAAGCCAUACAUAGUGAGACAGUGGGAUCUAGGAAUUUCUGGGAUCUUUAGUCAUCGAGAUACAAUUCAUGGUCAUGCCGUUGCUUGGGGACAAGCAACAUUUUGUGGGGGUGGAAAUGUAACACCCAUGAAUAGCAAGGUGUCCAAGGCUUUAGCUGACAAGUGGACCACCCACCCAUGGGACCCAGGUGGAAGACCAGAUGAUGUGUAUAAGUUCCAAGAGUAUGAACUGGGGAGGCUAGAAAAGAAAAUAGAGAAGAAGACAGAGGUAAGGAAGCCAGGCUUCCUACUCCGUAUCGAGAUCCCCUCCGAUCUUCGAUUGUUGCCGCUCACGUCGCCGGCUUGA